AUGGAUUCUAAUAAUCAAUACGCAUUCAUGGGAGGUCCUGUCACUUUACCAUCUAAGCAUGACCAAUUGAGUGACGGUGAUGUAGUAGCUAAGUCAGAUAAGUAUUCCAAAAAUUGCAUAACAAAAGACGAAGAUAGAGGUAUCGAAGAUAUUGAGCAUGUGCCUAAUAUGAAUGAAAUUCACUCAAAACUACCAAAUGAAACAAUUCCAAACAUAGGAAUGGAGUUUGCAUCAGAAGAUAUGGCUUAUGAUUUUUACAGAAAAUACUCUAGAGUUAUUGGGUUUGGGAUCCGAUUAAGUGCUAGGGAGAAGGAUAAGAGGGCCCCAUAUGUGAAGAAACACCGAGCUUUAACAAGAGUUGGGUGUAAUGCAAUGAUCAAAAUAAGUAGUCGAAUAAGUGGAAGAUUUCGUAUCAUUAACUCCGGUAUUACUCCGAAAGCAAGUAUGGAAUUGAUGAGUCGAAAGGCCGGUGGGAGAGAAAAUCUAGGUUUUUUGCGUGUAGAUUGCAAUAAUUAUUUGAAGAAAAAAAGAGAUCAAGAAAUGAAAGUUGGAGAUACUGGAGGGGUGCUCGAGUACUUGCAACGAAAGCAAAUUGAAGAUCCCAAGUUUUUUUAUGCCAUACAAGUUGACGCCGAUGAUCUAAUUACAAAUAUUUUUUGGGCAGAUGCAAGAAUGAUGUCUGAUUAUCACUACUUUGGAGAUGUUGUUUGUUUUGAUACAACUUACAAGAAAAAUAAAGAAGGUCGUCCAUUUGCUAUGUUUGUCGGAGUUAAUCACUAUAAGCAAACCACUAUUUUUGGGGCAGCUUUAUUAUAUGAUGAGACAACAGAAACUUUUAGGUGGUUAUUUAACACAUUUGUGAAGGCAAUGAAUAGAAAGAAGCCAAAAACUGUGUUAACCGAUCAAGAUGAAGCAAUGGCAAAUGCAUUAGAUGUAGAAUGGCCGGAAACAUAUCACCGUCUAUGUGUUUGGCACAUGUACCAGAAUGCCGCAAAACAUCUUCACCAUGUAUUUGAGGAGUUUAAAAGUUUUGCCAAGGAUUUUUGUUCUUGUGUUUAUGACUGA